AUGGCAGUCAGCACUCUGAACAUGGCACCGUACUUCACUGGAUAUCCUUUCCAAGGACAAGGGCGCGUGAAUCAACUGGGUGGUGUGUUCAUUAAUGGUCGUCCAUUGCCGAAUCACAUUCGACUGAAAAUCGUAGAAAUGGCCGCAGCUGGUGUCAGACCAUGUGUGAUCUCUAGACAGUUACGGGUCUCCCAUGGUUGCGUGUCGAAAAUCUUGAAUCGAUAUCAAGAAACAGGAUCGAUUAGGCCGGGAGUGAUCGGCGGUAGCAAACCACGCGUCGCGACACCCGAAGUUGAAGCGAAAAUCGAGGACAUGAAGAAACAGAAUCCUGGUAUAUUCAGCUGGGAGAUUCGGGAGAAGCUGAUAAAGCAGGACGGUGUCUGUGAUAAGGCGUCAGCGCCGUCGGUCUCCAGUAUCUCAAGACUCCUUCGCGGACCUGCGAAUCAAACUCGGCCUGGAGAUGAUCCCCGUAGAAAUCAUUCUAUCGAUGGAAUACUCGGUGGAAGCAGUGGCGAUGAUUCAGACACGGAGAGUGAGCCAGGAAUUGCGUUGAAAAGGAAACAACGCAGAAGUAGGACUACAUUCACUGGUGAGCAACUUGAGCAAUUGGAAGCAGCUUUUCACCGAACUCAGUAUCCAGAUGUUUAUACCAGAGAAGAGUUGGCUCAAAAAACAAAUCUGACAGAAGCACGUGUUCAAGUAUGGUUCAGCAACAGGCGAGCUAGGCUUCGAAAGCAGCUGAAUAGUCAACAACUGAACGCUUUCAACACAAUGAGCUUACAGUCUUUUCAGUCGCAACACUACGGUAGCGCAGAGACUUACCAAAGCUACGGCCAGGCGUCAGUAGCUGCAGCAGCCACGACCACGGCUGGUUAUCCUCAACAUUAUAACUACAGCGAGAAUUACUACGCUGCGCAGCAACAAUGGCCGAGACCUACUGCGGAGAACUAUGGAUUAUUCAAUGCCUCUCAUUACGGUAGCAGCAAUCUCGCAUCGAACCUGACUUCCAACAAUCUGAACUUGAGUAGUUUAGGUGGCAGUGUCAGCUCUAGUACGACAAAUAUGAGUGCAUGCAUGGCCCAGAGUGCAACUUCGGGUGUGCCAGCACCAGCAGGAAACACCACAUUACGCCUCACAGUCCCAGCGAGGCUAAAAGUGGCUAUCCUUAUUUAG